AUGGUGUGUUCUCUGACCAGCAGCGGCGGCGGAGGUGGCGGCGGAGGAGUUGCCGGUGGUGGCGGUGGCGGUGGUGGAGUUGGCGGGGGUGGAGGUGGCGGAGGAAGCAACAAGAACUGCGGUGAUAACGGGGAACCGGAACUUCAACAAAGAUCAAGCCCGGAAGCCGAGCUCGAAAUCGGUGACAAUAUGUCUUCGUUGAGCGACCAACACAGAAGAAACAGUCAUUUAGCCGAGGGUGACCGCAGUUCAUCGGCAGGUUCGUCAUUGGGUUCGUGCUCGCCACCACCGACUUCGAGCCAUUCGCCACCACCUCCGAGGCCACCCUGGCUUCACGAUUUUCAUGCCGCUGCCGCGCCCCACGUUUUGCAAUUCCUCAACUUAAGUGCAGCUGGUGGAGGGAUGCUAGGUAAUCAACCAUUGGCUGCUUUACAUUCAAUGGCAGAACGGAGUCAUCAACAACAACAACAACAACACCAACAACAUCAGCAACAUCAACAGCAACAACAACAACAACAGCAACAACAACAACAACAACAUCAGCAGCAACAACAACAACAGGGAAUCCAAUUGCCUCGCAUAAGUGUUCCCCUAGCGACGUUGACCACCCAAGGUGGACAAUCCUCGCCGACGGGCAGCACAGGAAAACACAGUCCGGCAACCUCGAUCACAUCAGUCGGCAGCAAUCCUCAUGGUAUAGAUACGAUACUCUCGAGACCGGCGGCCGCGCAUCCGCAACCUCCCGUACCCGCCUCGCAUGCGGCCCUUCAACCGGCGCCCCAUCCCCAACACAUGGCCGCACCACGUUACGCCAUGCACGCAGGAUUCACCGCGUCUACCGGUAUUGGACAAUUUCAACAGAGAACGGAACCGAGACAUCCGGCUGUUUAUUGGCCGGGUCUUCAGGGCUUGGUCAGUGAUCCCUUGGCAUGGCGGGCAAGAUUACACACGUUAUCGCAACAGCUCGGUUGUCAGCAAGGGAUGACAGGUGCAGGCGGUGGUGCAGGAGAACACGAGGGUGGAAAGAAAAAACACACGAGGCCUACCUUCAGCGGGCAACAGAUAUUCGCAUUGGAGAAAACCUUUGAACAAACGAAAUAUCUCGCUGGACCGGAACGUGCCAAAUUGGCUUACGCACUUGGAAUGUCGGAAUCCCAGGUUAAGGUAUGGUUUCAAAAUAGAAGGACAAAAUGGCGUAAGAAGAACGCCGCUGAAAUGGCGACGGCUAAAAGACGUCAGGAGGAAGUUGAGGGUAUAGUUGCAGAGGGUGAGGAUGGUUGCAGCGAUGCCGAAACUGAUGGUACCAGCGAAACGGCAGCGAAAAGGUUGAGAAGGGAACUCGAACAGCAAUACAGGCAUUGAAAGAUGUUAGAAAUAAGGAACGGAGAGGUUAGGUGAA